AUGGAUCCCCCACCCACUGCACCACCCAUGGCUCAGCCGUAUUCCCCAGGGCAAGCGAUGUAUCCACCGGCGUACCCCCCGGGUCAGUAUCCAGUGGUAACUCAACAACCGGCACCGUAUGCACAACAGACCAGCAACACCACUGUAGUGUUGAGUCAACAACAAGUAGUGUUGCAACAGGCACAACGGAAUUGGAGCUCUGGACUGUGUGGUUGCUUUGAGGACUGUGGCUCUCGUAAGUAUUCUUUAAGCGGCACUCAAAUGAGUUAAAGUGGAGUUAGUAAUAGUAACUAAUUCACAUUCGCGUAGAAGCCACCCUAUGCCUUUUGAUGGAUAAGUUAUGGGUAAAACAUUUUGCAUAGGGCAUAGGGUGGGCUGAUAGAGAAAAUUUGCCAGCGCCGCUGAAGGGUAGGAGGGUGGGAAAACUUGCUUGUCCGUUGUAGAGUAGACUUGCGAGAAGACGGCGAAUUUGUUUGCUAGCGCGUAUAAAAGGCCUAGGGAAUUUCCCUGCGUACCGUAAAGGACCAAUAGACUGCUUUACAAUGGAGCACACAGUAAUCUAGUCGAUUAAAUCGUCACCAGGCGGUUUUUACACGAAUGAGAAUAGUUAUAACUUUAUUUAUUAGUAUUUCUUGCUUGAAUGUACUCAUUGAGGGCAGUAUUUAGUCACGUAUCACGCCUAAUGGAUACGGCUCCGCCGCUUUUACGUGGUCAUCCUAGUCACGCAAAGCGGAUGAUCCGUUUCAAAACCAUAGACAAUACGUUCUUACUCAGUUUUCUUAAGACCGUAAGAAUAUCGGUCCGGAUCCGGAAAUCGAAUCCGCGACUUCCCGCUCUGCAAACAAACGCUCUUCCACCUGAGCUAACCCAGCCACGUUUAUUUUAUUUUGUUUGUGUUUCUAGUGUGUAUGGGCCUUUUCUGUCCUUUCUUCCUGCUGACUGAUGUUUCGUCCAGGAUGGGCGAAGGAUGUUGCUUUCCCUGCUGUUGCCCAGGUGCACUGUUGGGACUCAGGAUCAAGCUGAGAGUGCAGGAGAAUAUUCAGGUAUUCGACAGGCAUUAAGAGCUUAAAAAACAACCUCUUCUAGGGGACUAGUUUAAGUUCUUUGAGGAGCUUUAUCCAACAUUUAAUUAUGACUGAAGUUAAAUCAAGCCAUUUAACAAAAAGAUGCCAGCAAAAUGAAGUGAAUAAAAAAAUGAAAACAACCAACCUGGCCAUCAAAACAGUAAAAGAACGUUUAAAUAACACUGCAAAAAACUUUUUUUACGGCACUAAUAUGCAAACCUGAGAAACCACCUUACUAAGCUCUAAAUUUUAUAUAUGUUUUAGGCUUUAAGGCGCUCUAGUGAAAAGCGUUCUGGAAGCUUAUGUGAUUAUCUGUUGACUUAAGGGAUGGAAAACGUACAAUGAUCCUAAUUCUUUAUGAGAGCCCUUUAAUCUACAUUACGGAAGCAGUCUGAUUUUAUAGCCACCACUGCAAAAUUGUGGCAAUAUAACUUUUCAAAAGUAGGUUGAGUUUGAUCGUCCGGGUGAACGUAGUCCUGAAUAGGACUGUUGUUGUUGACGGUGAUAUAUUUGUUAAUUAUCGCCUCGACCGCACCUUCAAACUUUCCAAGAACCUUAACCUUGAAGGGAGGUAACGAGGGCCAAUUUUCAAGAAGAAAAAAAUCAUAAUAAAUAAUAUAAAGUUCUACGUUUUCCACCAAUUUUUAUAUCAAGGGCUGGAUUACGAUAACAGAGUUUCUGAUAUAUAGAUUUUGCCAGGGCUAAAAGCAAAGCUCUUGUUAAUAUCUAUAGUUUAGUCAAACAAAAUAUAAAAUUGUGUAAUGCGACUGCGGCAACGGUAACAAAAAUAGCCCCCCAAAAAUCAUUUGGUCUCAUAAGCAAAAAAAACAACCGUUGCACGUUUGUCUAAUUAGCAAAAAAGCAACUUCGUUUGCACGUGCAGCACACCUUUUUUGUACAUUUCUUUGCCAUUGUUUUGCACUACUACAUGAACGUGAAACUUCCAGAAACAUCCUAGUUUCCCCUUUUUUGGAGCAAAUGUUGUAUGUGUUCCUCCUGUUCACUUUUCUUUUCAGUGCCACUCAUUAUGACUUUUAUGGGCGCCAGCGCAGCAUUUCUCAUUUUCUCACAGGCGCCGCUAUAAAAUUAUCAUGUUAUUCUUCCAGCGUAAUUGGUCUCCUUUGAUUGUUAUCUCUUGCUUUUUCUGUUAUUAAUGUAGACAUUGAAAUUAAGUCGAAAGUCCGGGUAGCUAUGCAAUAUACCAGGGCGGAUAAAUGUUGGGCGGUGAAACGAGCGCUCCGCUCUUCGUUUAAUGAGAUGCGGAGUAGGACUGGCACGAGCGCUCUUUCCGCGCUUCCGGUGCGCUUGAAGGCCGGCGAAAUUUUCCUUUUUGCAAACCGGAAAUCCUAUUUUCUUUCUGUAAUUUCAGGCUACAAUGUUAAAUAGAUAAAUUUGUUUCAUAACAAUAUCAAUAAACAGUUUCAUAUGUUUGUGUCUGUAUGCCUAUAAGUCAAACUUGUUGGUCGUAUAAUGCCAAAAUUUGAGUUUAAUUUGAAAGUGUUGGAUACCUCCUCCUUCCACUAAAUAUCACCUAAUCCUCUUUCGCCGUUUCGUUUGCAAAAGCUUAACACUUCUUAACCUCAAUUUUUACAUAUGUUAAAGGGGGAUAAAUUUUAUAUAACGUAACAAAAAAUUAGAUUGAUAUAUUUUGAUAUAGUGGCGUUGUACUGCUUCAAACUUUGCUUCUCGGGUGCAACGCGCCAUGGCGAUUCGCGCAAUGCGUCGCAAAUCCGGCAACCGCAUGUAAACAAAAUUUAUUGAGGUUAGUUGUAAGGUUUUUUCUCCGUUUUUCUCUCUAAAACAAAACAAGGUAAACAGUAAAAACUGAGGGGAAACUAAUUUUGAAGUUUCGAAGAAACAGAAAGACGUAUGAGAUGUUUUUUUUCAAAAUUAAAAAGAAGGAUGAUAGUGAUUGAAAUUAGCAUAAUUUCACCUUGCACGAGCUGCACGCAUUUCUAAAAUACACGUCAUCUAGUUAUAAAACACGAUCUGUUAUCUUUUAGUUUUGCCACGGAUGACAUGGAUGAGAUUUUCCUUCGUGUUUUAGACAGUACUUAGUUGUAUUUGUUUUGGAAUAGCAUCGACAUUGGCGAGUAGUAUAUAAUUAAUAUAAUUCAGUGGUGGAGCCAUAAAAGUAAUAAGAGAAAACCUUUGAAAGAGAUGUUUGUCUACUCCAACUAAACCUCACACAAAAAAUAUCAAUGUUUGCCUCUCGGAGACAGCGUACCAGCACAAAGGAACGAGGAAGAAGUGCAAGAAAACAAAUCAAGCCGCCAUAAUUCUGUGACAGCGGCAGUGUCUGAUGGACAAACCUCAUCGCAAGCACUGACCGAAGUCGAAAACAAGCGAGAUUUCUAAGCAGAGUCCCAGUCCGCUGCAUCACACCUUUUUGCUCGGACGCUCUCGUUUCACCGUCCAACCUUUAUCCGCCCUGCAAUAUACCGCCGAAACGCGCGGGUGCUUCCGCUAUAACAUACUCCUCCCCCCAAAGGGCUGACUCCUGACUCCCUUCCCCCCUCCCUCAGCAUCUAUACGGACGUACUAGCGUACGGUCACGUGAUAACCCAAAUUUCUCGGAUGGAUGGUUUACCAAAUUUUCUAAGGUAUGGGGCUACGCUUGCGCACGCGAAGCGCGCGCUUGGAGCUCCGCUAUAAGAGCAUACUGAAAGAAUAUCAAAAACUUGCUUUCCGCAACUGCAAAAGUUGCGUCUAUAACUGCGAUGAUCUUCUUUCAUUUAAUUCUUCACCCCUCAUUUCCUGUAUAUGAUUUUCAUAUAAUCAUUAUUUCAAUACCAAAAACAGGAUAAUUCACCGAUGACUGACUUUAUUUCAUCCAAUUGCAGGGCUCCCUUUUUGACGAUUAUUGUAUCGUUCAGUGUUGUCCCCUUUGUGUUCUCUGUCAGCUGGCCCGUGAGCUUAAUCAUGUGCAACGCCGCGGUUAA